GACUCGGCUUCGCAUCUGCUAUCAUCCUCUCCGGAGCUUGUCACGGUGCUCUGCUCAACUUCCUGCGUGCAUUACUGGAACGUCAACGUUCCAAACCGCGGUCAAGUUGGAAUCGUUCCCUUGAGGAUUUCACUGUAGGGAGAAGGCAAUCCCUGCCAAACUGGUGCGUUCACAUGAUCCCUUUUGCCCUCGGAACACUAUUUGUGCAUUUCAGCCAUACAGCCCAGCGUUGCGUCCUUAACUACGGCUUGCAUGCGCACUCCACUUUGCGACGACAAUUUGCAGGUAGUCACCUGCGAAUUCGACGAGUCAUGUCUGCCUAUAUUCAGUGUGCACCGCGGUCUCGGACGACAAUUUGUAGAUCAUCUUCACGCUGACAUCCGCGUCUGUGUCCACGUUCAUCAGUACGUUCAUCUUCGGCCUACGCGCUGUCUCCGCGGGCAAGAUCGAGCCACCUCCUCUUUGUAUCCUGCAGCGUCAGAGAAAGUCCCCCGGUUGCGCCUUGCCGCUAUUGACGUUCCAUCAGUAGGACAUGUGGACAAGGCCAUCAACGCGACCGUUCCUGUUGAGGUUCCCUCCACGGUGCACAUUGACAGGGCCGUCCGCAUCUCAAUCUCGGACAAGGUCACCUCAGUGGAGAACACGGAUCCAGCAUUGGAUACUCCCAUCUCGGAUGAUUGCAACAUAGCACUCAUGACAUCCCUCAUCCCGAGCCUUCCGAUCGGGAAGGCGACGCAUGCCUCCCGCGUUACAAGGGCACGGCCGUGAGCAACCUCACGGUCCUUCGGCAAUGCAGGCGUUCCCAUCGCUUGGGGCCUCAUAGCCUACAAGAUGUUCCUUCGAAUCGCGAAAGUCGCUGGCCACGCUCUUCUCUAUCUCACUUAUUUGCCCGCCACUGCCUGCUCAACAUCGUGCGCAAUCUAUCAGCGUCGUUCAACACGGGCAUCGUUCUUUCGGCCUUCUCUCCGAUGCAGGAUCCCGUUGGAAAAGUCCAUACAGCAAGCGCUCUCAACGUCUCGUUCAUUUGCUUUCGCCCAUUAAACUUACGCAGGCACUUGACCGCCGUCAAUCGUUCUUAGUUAUCGACAUCGUCCCU